AAUACCCAUCGCCAUUAAAAUAACUCAGUUACAGUCUUACACAGAAAUUGGAACAGACAAGAAGAAGAAACCAAACCAACCGUUGGAUAAAUAAAUAUAAAACGACCCUCAGAGCUCAGUUCUAGCGAGUAGGGUUUUGUCAAGUUCCAAACCAACGGGCCAUUCCUCCUUCCCUUGACCUUGAGCCACUCACCCGAAAGGCCGAAACCCAUUAUAUAAAAGCUCUGCUCAAAAGGAGAGGGGAAAAAAAAAAUAAAAGGGUAAAGCUAAAACAGAAAAAUGGCAAGCAAAAGCAAAUCCCCUGUUUUCCCCAUGCCAACAGAGCCUCACCACUUCAGCGACUAUGGCUUCGACCCUCAAAUCGACUACUUCCAGUUCUUAGAAGAAGCGAAGAAGCACAAGCUCAACUCCACCACCGCAGCAAAUUCCAUCGACACGCUGCACUUCAAGCUCCAGAAGCCCCUCUCCAGAGACGAAUCCCUGAAGGCGACCCGGUCCAACAAGGCGAAGAUCAAGAAGCGGUGGUGGAAGAACGCGCUGGUCUUCUUCAAGCUGAAAUGGGCUCACACCAAUCCCAAAUUUGAAGCCUUUGAAGCAGAGGAAGGAGAAGGAGAUGAUGUUCACAGAGCCAGGGCUCGAGCUCUCCGUGCGACGAUGUCGGGACCCGUUUAUUACAUAACCGAGAGCCGGAGCGGGUCGAACACGCCGUACCGGACGACGACGAGCCGGCCUGCCUCCGGCCCGCUCGCCGGAUCUCUGUCGCCGGCGGUCAAAGGGGACAUCGAUUUGCCGUAUGUGAGCCUCAGGGAGCUUAAUAUGGAGCGGCAGCAGCAGAGGAUGUCUACCUCUGCCUUGCCCAUUUACUUGGUCACUUGAAAAAUGCUGAAUCGGUUUCAAUUGGGAAGCGUAGAUUAGUUUCUUUCCAAGAUUGGUGCCCAGUUUUCCCCCUUUUUUAUGGUGGGGGAAAGGGGGAAGUUAUAAAUUGCUGUCGCCAUAGCCUUUUCCCUUUCCUCUGUUUUUCUGGGUUCCUUCUGAAAUUGCUUAGGUUGAAGGAGAAAAGGGUGUUUGAUUAAUUUUUUUUACCUUUCGUGGAGGAUGACUGAAUCAUCAAUCUCCAUUUCUAUGCUAUCUUUUUACCUUUUUCACUAAGUAGUGAUGAGAAUGGUUUGUUGUUAGUUGGUAAUGGUGAUGAAUGAUCAUAGUGUGUGAAAUUUGUGCCUAAAGGCACCAACUUUGGUGGUGGUGUGGUGGUAAAUCUUUUUAUCUAUUUGUUUGUCUAUGUUCACUAUAUUAUCUUGGAAAUUAUCAUAAAGUGAAAU